UGUGCUACGAAAAAUUUCUUGGGUUUGUUUGGCUGCAGUACUCUUCACUCAUGCAUUAAAAACACUGCAUAGAAACUGGGAUUGGGAGUCAGAGUACACAUUGUUUAUGUCAGCUUUAAAGGUAAAUAAGAACAAUGCAAAGCUAUGGAACAAUGUGGGGCAUGCAUUAGAAAAUGAGAAGAAUUUUGAAAGAGCUCUGCAGUUCUUCAUACAAGCCACGCAAGUGCAACCAGAUGAUAUCGGUGCCCACAUGAAUGUAGGAAGAACUUACAAAAACUUAAACAAAACUAAAGAAGCUGAAGAAUCAUACAUGAUUGCGAAAUCAUUGAUGCCUCAGAUUAUUCCAGGUAAAAAGUAUGCUGCAAGAGUUGCUCCUAACCAUCUGAAUGUGUAUAUCAAUCUUGCAAACUUAAUUCGAGCAAAUGAAUCUCGCCUUGAAGAAGCGGAUCAAUUGUAUCGACAAGCAAUUAGUAUGAGGCCAGAUUUCAAGCAGGCUUACAUCAGCAGGGGAGAAUUACUUUUAAAAAUGAACAAACCUCUGAAAGCUAAGGAAGCUUAUCUCAGAGCUCUUGAACUAGACAGAACCAACGCAGACCUGUGGUACAACUUGGCAAUUGUUUACAUUGAACUGAAAGAUCCAACAGAAGCCCUGAAGAAUUUCAACCGAGCACUAGAACUCAACCCAGUGCAUAAACUGGCAUUAUUCAACUCAGCGCUGCUAAUGCAGGAAUCUGGUGAUGCUCGGCUUAGACCUGAAGCUAAACAAAGACUGUUACAUUAUGUGAAAGAAGAACCACAGGAUGCAAAUGGGUACUUCAAUUUGGGUAUGCUGGCAAUGGAUGACAAAAAAGAUGCGGAAGCAGAGGCAUGGAUGAAGAAAGCCAUAAGUUUACAACCAAACUUCCGAAGUGCUUUGUUCAAUUUGGCUCUGCUUUAUUCUCAGACAUCAAAGGAAUUGAUGGCUUUGCCAGUCUUGGAAGACCUACUGAGAUACUACCCUGAUCAUACCAAAGGUCUGAUUUUGAAAGGAGAUAUCCUUAUGAACCAGAAGAAGGAUAUUGUUGGAGCAAAAAAGUGUUUUGAAAGAAUUUUGGAACUGGAUCCCAACAACGUACAAGGAAAACACAAUCUUUGCGUGGUUUACUUUGAAGAACGAGACUUAAUAAAAGCGGAAAAAUGUUUGGUUGAGACGCUAGCACUGGCACCUCAUGAAGAGUAUAUUCAGCGUCAUCUAAACAUAGUUAGAAGUAAAAUUGCAUCACUCAGUGCUACGGAACAGUCGUCACUUCCAGCAGAUGGGACUGCAACUGCAGCUGCAGAAGGAAAAAAAAAAUCAUUGCAAAAUCUGAAAGAGGUAAAAAAUGAGCAGAAAACAACCCAAACAACAGUGGAUAACAAUAAAGGGCACUCAAAAAAUAAGAAACGAACAGAGAAAAACAAUAUGGACAAAGAGGCUCCCAAAAAAUCUACAAAAGAAAUCAAGGACAUUGAAAAAAAGAGAGUUGCUGCUUUGAAAAGACUAGAAGAGAUUGAACGUAUAUUAAAUGGUGAAUAGUCUCUGUCUUGUCACAACAGAAUAAAGGGAGAGUACUAUUUUUUAUUAUUGUUUAAUAUGUGAUCCAACUGGAAAGAGGUCUCAGUGCUUUGAAAAUAGAAGUAAUGUUGAUUGCAUAUCACUUAGCAAGCAGCAAAAGGCAUUACAAUGCUUUAUAUGAGAAAACUUCAACUUUUAAAUAUGAUGUGGGGAGU